AUGACGGGAGCUAUAUUGCAUAAGUCUCCAGACCCAGAGAAGACCAUCCCGGUCACUACCAAAGUAGACGAUGUCGACGUCGGCCAGAUUUCGCAGCUCGAUGAAGCGGAGAUCUUUCUGCACGAGCAUGGAGUAUCCCAUGAACAGCUCCAGGAGAUGCUCAAUGACCCUGUUCGGACGAAGAAACUACGCAGACGGAUCGAUAUGAUUCUGCUGCCGCUCAUGUGUGGUACAUACUGUCUGCAGUACAUUGACAAGCAGGCUCUCUCUUACAGCGCUGUGUUUGACCUGUUUACCGAUGCUCACAUCGACAGUAACCAGUAUAGCUGGCUGGCCAGUAUCUUCUACUUUGGGUACCUUUUCUGGGAGUAUCCCGCGAGCUACAUUGCCCAACGGUUUCCUAUCGGAACCGUCGUAUCAUCCUUCGUAAUCGCCUGGGGCGCCAUCCUCAUGAUUACUGCCAGCUGCAGCAACUUCAACGGCCUCGCCAUCUGCCGCUUUCUGCUUGGAUGCUUCGAAUCCCCCAUCACCCCCUGCUUCAUGAUGAUCGUGGGAAUGUGGUACGUCCGUCAAGAGCAGCCCUUUCGCGCCGGCAUCUUCUACUGCUGCAACGGCGUGGGAUCAAUGGUCGGCGGUCUCCUCACCUACGCAAUCGGUCAACUGGACACCUUUCCCGUCUGGCGUGCUGUGUUUCUAAUCUGCGGCGGCGCCACCAUCAUCUGGGGUAUUCUCAUGAUGCUCUUCCUCCCGAACAGCAUCCUCUCCUGCAAGCGCUUCACCGCUGAAGAAAAGAUUCUUCUCAUCGGCCGAGGAAAGCAAAACCAAACCGGCAUCCUCAACCGCUCCAUAAAAUGGUAUCAAAUCCGCGAAGCCCUCCUCGACCCCCAAGUAUGGCUACUCUUCCUCUUCACCCUCCUCAACGAGACCAUUAACGGCGGCGUCGCAAACUUCGGCAAACUAAUCAUUAAAUCCCUCGUCACCAACCCCCUCCUCACCACCGUCCUCGCCAUCCCCCAAGGCGCCUUCCAAGUCCUCUUCAUCCUGACCGGAACCUACCUCUCCACCCGCUACCAAAACAUCCGCACCCUCAUCAUGGCCCUCUACCUCAUCCCCACCAUCAUCGGCGUCUGUCUCCUCUGGAAACUCCCCCGUACGAACCGCUAUGGCGUGUUAUUCGGCUAUUACAUUAUCGGCUCCUUCGUAACCCCCCUCGUCCUCUCCCUCCAACUCCCCUCCAGCAACAUGGGCGGAUACACGAAGCGCGUCACCGCCACCGCAUUCGUCUUCCUGGCCUACUGUAUCGGGAAUAUCAUCGGUCCGCAUGCGUUUCUGGCCCGCGAGGCGCCGGUAUAUGAGACGGGUUGUAAAUUGAUUCUGGGGUGUGCCGUAUGUCAGGUUUUUUGUGCGGGGGUGUUGAGGGGCGUUUUGGUGGGGAGGAAUAGGAGGAGGGAUGGGGAGGUUCGGGUUGAUGUUGGGGAUGGGGAUGGGGUGGAUGCGGGGGUGGGGCAGGGGGGAGGGGAGGGGGAUGGGGAGGUGAUGGCUGAUUUGACGGAUUUUGAGAAUCCGCGGUUCCGGUAUGUUUAUUGA